AGAGAGCCCCGUGUUCCGGGGGCCCAGUACCGUUCAAAGAUGCAGGUUGGCGGAACGCUGCGUGGUACCAGGGCCAUCUCCCUUCUGGUACUCCUGAUACCUCUCAUUGGCUAUGCCUAUUCGAGUCCUCUUCAAUAUUUACCCAAUAUUCCGGGUUACGUUCCCGUUUAUAUAAGAUAUGGAGAUGAACCGUUGGAUGAAAUAAAUCCCGAUUUGGCAGAGGCAUUCGGAGAGACGUCAAAUUCGGCUAAGAGUUUGCAGAAGAUAGAUGAUCACACAUUCGCUCACGAAUCUGAUGGUUUUAAAGACGAAGAUAUAAAUGCAUUUCUGGAAGACUCAGAGAAGAGUCAUCCUAACCCACUGCGUACUAGAGCAGCUGAGAGUCGUUCAUUUGCCACUGCUAACAAUGAUGAACCGGGAAACAAACCAAAGCUUCUAUCUAUCUACACAUUACCUAAUGAUUAUGAGAGCAGACCACGCAGACGUUAUCAAGGGAGAAAUAGAAUGAAGAAUCGGAAACCACCUGCCUUUAAAGUCAGCCCACUUUCGGAGGAGGAAAAAGAGGAGCUAGAAAAAUUAGCGAUCGCAGUUGAAAAAGAAGAAACCAAACCGAAUGAACUCUACAUUCCAAAUCCUAAAUAUUUCGAACCACUACCUGAUAGGACACACAAUUUCGUCGCACCGUUAAAAGUACAGAAUCCACUCAACGAAGGUUUGACAGAUCUAUCGGAAAUAACUAAACUCGGAAAUAUUUCGAAACCUUCGCGUCAUCAUGACAAUGCUGUAUCUGAAACUGAUGAAUCGAAUGAACCGCCUAUUAAGGAGCAACGUCCAGCUACAUUUUUGUCAAAUGUAGAUAAAAUUUCGCCUAUUGAUUUGCCAGAUGAAAGCAAAAUCAGUGAAGAUAAAACGAAAAACUCUACAGAACAAAUUGAUGAAAUCGCGGAUUCAUAAUUUAUUUGUUCACAAUAAUUGAGAUAUAUCACAAUAUCCGCAUUAUUUUUUCGAAUUCUUUGAACAAUUCAAAUUUCUCUCGGGAAAAAAUUUAUAUGAAGGGACACUUGUUACAAUGUCUUGAUUUUUUUAGUAUUAAAUGCCAAUUAACUUUAUUCUCUUAAAAUUUCGUUUUCGAUGUAAUCACACUGUAAACUUUUUAUAAAAUUUACCAUAAAAAAUCUAUAUUCGUAAAAGAAAUUAUUAGAAUAAUCAAAGUAUGAUUAUAUAAAUACUUUAUAUAUCGUAAAGCAAGUCAAUAGAAGUCACACUUGGAUAAAAGAAAAAUAUUUCUAUGAUUUUAGUUUACACUAUUUUUGACGAAAAGACUUGUUUGUGCUAUCGUAAAGAAUAUUCCAUCAUAUAAUAAACAUUACAGACUUCUUAUUGAUGGUUCUAAUUGCUUCUGAAUGUGUAUAGUUUAUGCAUUGUAAAUUAUCUUAAUUAUACAAUUGUCGUAUGUGUAAAGUUAUUUUAGAACUGUUUCUAAUAAAAUCUUAUAAAAAGUUA